ACCUUUUACGUUCCACAAAAUCUUCCCUCCCACUGCCCACUUCUUUCAUCUAAAAAAGAAACUGAAAAUUCCCCCUUCCAUUUUUCUUCUUCACUUCCCUUUUAAUUUCACAAUUAUCCAUACAUCUAUACUACUCUCCUCAAUGUACGCCUUUUUCUUCACAUUCUCUUCCCCGAAACCCUAACCGGAGUUGUCAAAUGUCGGAGUUUCCGUCACCGGAGGACGACGGAGCAAUGGUUGCACACGACAACGUCGGCUCCAAACGCCACCGUCGUCCCAGCGUCCGUCUAGGAGACAUCGGCGGCUACGAUUCUUCUUUCGAACAACACCAGCGAAGGCCCAAAUCUCUCAUGAAGUCUCCGUCCAACAAGGUUUCCAAAAAUCAUCAUCUCACCAACUUAUCAAGUAAUCAAACCCUAACCCUAGUUGAUACUAACCCUAAUGGCAAUAGCAAUUUUAAGAAAAAAUUGAAUAAUAGGAGUAAUGUUGAGGAGGAGGGUAACGGGGAUGCAAAUUUGGAUAAUGUUGCCAUUGGUAGUUGGAAAAUUAGGAAUUUGAAAUCCAAGAAAGGUCCAAUAACCAAGAAAAUGAGGUCUUGUUGGGCUACCAAAGAUGACAAAAUACUCAGUACUGAUGUGGGGGAUUUGGAGAAUAAUGAAAACUCAGAACAUAGCCCAGUUCAUUCCCCUGACAAUAAUAUAGAUAUUGACAUUUAUAGAGGAAUUGGUAAUGUGAAUGGUAGGAAGACGGCGACUAGGGUUUCAGAGGAGGGCCCAACUACUGAUACAGAGGCCCGAGAUUGGAACUGGGGUUCACAGAGGAAUGGGGUUAAGGUGUGGCUGAACCAGCUGGGACUUGGUCGGUAUGCCUCUCUGUUUGAGAUUCAUGAGGUUGACGAUGAGGUUUUACCAAUGCUAACGUUGGAGGAUCUUAAGGAUAUGGGAAUCAGUGCAGUCGGAUCCCGAAGAAAAAUUUAUUGCUCAAUUCAGAAUCUAAAUAAAGGGUUCUCUUGAGUGGAGGAGCAUGACCUGUAAGGCUUUUGUAGUUGCAUAGACUUACUGUUGAAAUUUUGCUGAUCAUUAGCAUUAUUUGCAGCUUAACCUCAUAUUCUUGCAGAUAUUUUAGUAGUUUAGACUUUAGAAUGCACUUCUGAUAUACUAGUGUGGUUUUGUAGUGUAUAGUGCUCUAACUGUUGGUAACAUCUUUGUUAAUUUUGUCCUAAAUAGAUCAAAACUUUGAGACCUGCAAUAUAGAGAUGCGUCAUUCAUAAAUGAACGGUAGUUGUUAGUUUUCCAAAUAAAUUUGAUGUCCAAACAUCAUUUCAAUCUUAUUUAAGCGCCACGGGUGCACAUUGCUGCUA